UACUCACCCAACCGAACCUUCAGCUCACAGCCUUUCUGCAGUGUCCGCCCGGCCUUGUCUCCCGUAGAGAGGGCGAAAAACCCCCCCUAAAGUAACAUGAUGAAGAAAUCCUCCUUCCGAACCACUUCUUCAGGCCCCGUCCGCACCUUCAGCAGCCGCUCCUAUACGGCGGGCCCCGUCACCGCCUCUCGAGUCAGCACCUCUUACGCCUCCUCCGGCUAUGGGGGCAGCAGGUUUGGAGGCGGCGGCAGCGCCAGCAGCUUCCGAGGGUCCUCCGUCGGCGGCGGCAUGGGGGGUAUCACGGCCGUCAGUGUGAACAAGAGCCUGCUGGCGCCGCUCAACUUGGAGAUCGACCCCACCAUCCAGCAAGUGAGGACCAAAGAAAAAGAGGAGAUCAAGACUCUCAACAACAAGUUCGCCAACUUGAUUGACAAGGUUCGCUUCCUAGAGCAGCAGAAUAAAAUGCUGGAUACCAAAUGGAGUCUCCUGCAGAAUCAGAAAACCACCCGAAGCAACAUGGACAGUAUGUUUGAGGCCUACAUCAACAACCUGCGCCGGCAGCUGGACGGCUUGGGGCAGGAGAGAGCAAGGCUGGAUGCUGAGUUGGCCAACAUGCAAGGCCUUGUAGAAGAAUUCAAGACUAAGUAUGAAGAUGAAAUCAACCAUCGUACUGAGAAGGAGAAUGAUUUUGUCCUUUUGAAGAAGGAUGUGGAUGAGGCCUACAUGAACAAGAUUGAGCUGGAGUCCCGUCUGGAAUGCCUGACUGACGAGAUCAACUUCCUGAGGCAGCUGUAUGAUGAGGAGCUGCGUGUAAUGCAGUCUCAGAUCAAUGACACUUCUGUGGUCUUGUCCAUGGAUAACAACCGCAGCCUGGACUUGGAUGGCAUCAUUGCCGAGGUCAAAGCACAGUAUGAAGACAUUGCUGCCAAGAGCCGGGCUGAAGCAGAGAGCAUGUACCAGAUCAAGUACGAAGAGCUCCAGACAGUGGCGGGCAAGCACGGAGAUGACCUCCGCAACACCAAGAACGAAAUCAACGAGCUCCACAGGAUCAUCACCCGAAUACAGUCAGAAAUUGACGGUCUGAAAAGCCAGCGUGCUAACCUGGAGGCUGCCAUCACUGAGGCCGAGGAGCGUGGGGAGCUGGCCGUAAAGGAUGCCACAAACAAGCUGGCUGAGCUGGAGGCUGCCCUGCAGAGAGCCAAGCAAGACAUGGCCCGCCAGCUGCGGGAAUACCAGGAGCUGAUGAAUGUCAAGCUGGCCCUGGACAUUGAGAUCGCCACCUACAGGAAGCUGCUGGAAGGAGAGGAGAUCAGGCUGGAGUCAGGGAUGCAGAACCUGAGCAUUCAGACCAAAACAACUGGCUAUUCAGGUGGCCUGUCCAGUGGCUUCAGUAGUUAUGGGGGUGGCUACGGCUCCUCCUAUUCAAGUGGUGGAUACUCCAUGAAUGCUUCCCCGCUGGAGAGCUCAGCAGUCACCAAAUCGAGGGCCAUUGUCAUCAAGAAGAUCGAGACCCGGGAUGGGAAGCUGGUGUCCGAAUCCUCAGAUGUGCUGUCCAACUGAGCAGCUCUUUGCUUCCAAAAAGAGAAACCUCUAGCAGUUUAGAGUGCCUUAAUCCAAUGAGCCUUCCUUUUAUCUAGCCAGGUUGAAAGAUCAUUGGGAGAAAUGGGAGAGGGCCAGGAGGAUGGUGGGAAAAUGUUCUUCCUUCUUGCUAGGCUACCAGAUAAUCACAAGUGGGACCUGCAGCAAAAUGUUGCAGUGUGGUAAAACUCCUGUUUGAAUUCAAGCCAAUCUGUGCUAUCCCCAUCCCCAAAGUGAGCCAGAAUUCUGUGGCCACUGAGCAUGCUCAGUCUUCUUUGGUUUUUCCCUACCUAAAGGUCUGGUAUCCCUUCAGGCAUGCUGAUACCUUUCUCUUGGGCAUGCAUAGUGCCAUUUCGGCUAUGUAAGAAUCUACACUUGGAGAAUGAGUUUGCUAUCAGUAUAUAUAAUUCCUUCCUUUCCUGCCUCUCCCCUUCCCUUCUUUAUAAACAAGUGGUUUGCGUCUUAAGUCCCACACUCACCAAUCUUUUCUCCUAGCCGUGAGACACUCCCAUUUUGUUCCAAGAACUAAGACUGGCAAUUUUCCAGGGGUGUGUGCGUGUGGGUAACAGAAGCUAAGGCUGCUCUUAUUCCUUCAGUAACCUCUUGAACUGUAGAAAGGAGACAAAGCUGUUCAUAGUAAAGAGCAGAGCUGAGGAACUUGUGGCCCUCUAGCUGUUGUGGGACUCCAGCUCCUAUCAGUCUCAGCAAGCAUGGCCAGUGGAUGGGGAUGAUGGGAAGUGGAGUCCCAACAGCAUUUGGAAGGCCACAAGUCUCUUUCCCCCCCCCCUUCCUUCUGUAGGCCAAAAAGAUAACCUGGGGUGAGUUAUAGCUGUUUUGGUGACUUUUCUAUCAAUGGGGAACGAAGCUUGAUCCAAUGUUACCUAGCCCUUUCUGACCCGUACAUGCAUCAGUGGAAAGCCCCACCAAUGACAAGAUACUCUUCUCUGCCUCCUUGGAACGGUUUUCUACAUAAACUCCUUAGCCUUUAGAUGGGUAGAUACUAAAGAAGGGGCUUGAAUUGCUGCUUUUUUGGAGGUCAUGGCUGAUCUUCCCAUUGUGGGAUCCUUAGAUAAACCUCCGUAGAACCCCAAAAGCUUUUGGCUAGAUCUCUUCCCCACUCCCCAGUUCUGUGGGUCUUUCCAAAGACCUACAUGCAAAUAUACCAGACCUCAGAAAGCUGUUGCAGUCUCCCUGGUCCAAACUCUCCACUACCUGUUAACGCCAUGUAAGCCUUCUGUCUGGGUAGUCAGUUGCUGGCUACUCUCCUGCUCUGCAGAUGCCACCAGCAGUUCAGUUGAUUUGCAUGAUCUCGGGUAUCCUUCCUUUUAGGAAGCUUGUUGUGCUCUAGCAUAGUCCUCCCUCCCCUGCCAUGGGCGUCGCCAAGCUUCUUUAUGAAAGCUGCUAAGCGGAUCGUUCCUGAGCAGUUUUAUGCAGCAGUGAGCCCUGCUGAAUUCAACAGGUCUUACUCAACAGCAGUAAAAAUGGACGGAAACUGCAGCCUUACAAGUACCACCUUUAUUCCUCCAAACGUUCAAGACUGUAAUGGGGGGGACUUGGUUGUAUACAAACUACCAUUCACUAUUUGAUAUACUGUUUGGUCAAAUCAAGAGGCAAUUCAUCUUGCUUAGGAACACAGGAAGCUGCCUUAUCAGACCAUUGGUCCAUCUGGCUCAGUAUUGUCUACACUGACUGGCAGCACUGUCCAGACAGGAGCUUUCCCCAGCCUUACCUGGAGAUUCCAUUGAGGACUGAACCUGGACCAUUCUGCAUGCAAAGAAGAUGCUCUACCACAGGACCAUUGCUGUCCCUUUGCUUAAGGCCACAGGAGUGUUAGGCUAGUCUUCCUAGUGAGAAAGCUCAACCUGGACUGGUUUCUUUUAGGCCCCCUUAAGCAGAAGUGGGCCAGUAACAAUGGCUGUGCAGUCACAACCUAUAUGGAAAAGGCACAUUCCUUUGAUGCCAGUGGGAUUUAUAUGUGAGCAAAUGGGGGAAGAGGAAAAGAGCAUGUUCCUUUCAACUCUGGGCUUUUUUUUAAAAAAAAAAGGCUUCUUCAAAAACAGAAUGGUUGACUUUCCCCCUAGCUUUUAUGUUUCUUCUUGGCUCCUCAAAUGGUCUUCAGUGCAAACCUCUCUCAUCUUCUCCCCUCUGAGACCUUGUUCAAUAAAAAACUAUAUUAAUUACACAAAAA